AGGUGACUACAGAGUAAAAUUCUUAUAGAAAAGUUGUCAAAAUAUCAGAUACAAAUAAACAUUUUUCUUUUUUUCUUUAAAAAUGAGUAGUUUAUUUAUCUUUUUUUUCUGUUAAUUUAUUUUAUUUUUGAAACAAACGUUCUGUAAAAAUAAUGUCUCAACACAAGAAAAAUACAUGGGUAUUGCCAUCAUUUGAUUGUCCACCAUCAAAAACACCAAUUAAAUUUAAACGUAAUGCCUCAAUGCCAAUUAAAUCACCCGAUAGUCCACCAAAGAGAAGUUUUACAAGAAAAUAUUCCGAUGAAUUUUCAAUUAAAAAAGAAAAUAUCAGUAGUCUUUCAUUAUUGAUGACUGCGUGUUAUCCAAAAAUUGUUGCCGAUUUAGCAAUAAGUCGACAAAAACAACAAGAAAUCUCAGCAUGGAUUGAAAGUAAAACAUGCCGAGGAAAACCUUGUAUAUUAAUUAUUUCCGGUCCAUCUGGUUGUGGAAAAACUGCAGCCAUUCGUGUUAUUGCCGAAGAAUAUGAUUUUGAAAUUACCGAAUGGAUUACUCCUUUAGAUCAACUUAUGGAUGAAAAUAAUAGAAUAAUGAGACAAGGUGACAAAUUUGAAGAAUUUUUAAUACGAGCAACUAGAUACAAUUCAGUAUUAAGUAAUAAUUCGAGACGUAUGUUAUUAGUCAAAGAAUUGCCAAAUGUAUUCAUCGAUGAUAAACAAGGAUUCCAUGCUGUUUUAGAAAAUUACAUCAGUUAUGGAAGAGAACCGCUUGUUUUUAUAAAUACAGAAACUGGAAAUUCGAGAAUGAUGCAAACUGUAUUCGCAGCAAAUGUUAGAGAACAAUUUGGUAUUGAUGUAAUUAAUAUAAAUGCAACAACACAAGUGGCAAUGAAAAAAACACUAGAACGAAUAUCGAAAAUAUUAAAUAGUAAAGCGAGUCAUUUUCUAAAUGUUACACAAGAUAAAAUAAGUGAAACACUCGCUAAUCAAAUUGGUGAUGUAAGAAGUGCAGUAUUGAAUCUUAUUUUUGCCUCAUUGAAAGUACCUGACAGUGUCAAGAAAAGUACAUGCGAAGGACGAGAGGAAACUUUAACUCUUCUUCAUGGUGUUGGAAGAGUUAUAAAUCCAAAAAGAAUUAAUGAGGGAAAAUCGUCAAAAUUUGUCCAUGAUCCUGACGAUACUGCGUCAUUUUUUCAAUCGCAAGCCGCAAAUUUCGUUCAUUUUCUUCAUGAAAAUUAUUUAAAUACAUUGCGAGAUAUCGAACGAGCCGAAUUAAGUUCCGAUAUUUUGAGUGCAGCCGAUGUUCUAACAUCUGAAUGGCGGGAUUCAAAUUUAAACAAAGUCUCAUUAUCAUUUUGCGUGAGGGGAUUAAUGGUUGCCAAUAAUAAUCCAGUGAGCGGUUGGAAUCCAGUUAAAAAACCUCAAAGCGGUUUUUUGAAAACAGAUAGAAAUUUAGCUUCAGCUGAAAUUUCCUGGUAUAAAACAAUAAUUAAACCAAAUUCAAAAAAGUCCAACGAAGGAGAAAUUGAUAAUGCAGUUGUUGAUGCAGAAUCAAUAAUUGAAGAUGUUGAUUAGUCGUUUAGAUUCUUUUUUUUUGUAUUAUAUUAUAAUAUUAUAUUUUUUUAUAUUUUCUGUAAAAUAAUAAAUAAAGAAAUCUAAAAAGUG